AGAUUCUACCAUCCAUUGUCUAUGUGCGUUGAUGGUUGUCGAGCAGACGCAUGUUAAGAAUUUCUGGAGAUUAUUUUGUUGAUAAACUUCUUUAUUUAUUUUAGGAAUAAGACUUGUAUUCAUUAUCCCUACUAGCGGCUAGUACUCGUUUUAUGUGAUAUCUCAAGUUGUAUAUUUAUGUGUCAGUGGUGGGACGCUGUUGUUCGGCGGCAUCUCGCAAUCGUAGUGCUCAAUUAGCUAUGUCUACGUGCCAGUGUCUCCGGGCAAACGAGUGAAAGUGCUACAAAUAAAACGGGUUAACAUGUUAGGGCGGCCGGGAAAAUGAAUGAGCGGCGAUCAGAAAAGCCAGUGCAAUGGAAAACGUAAACUUUCAUUCGGGUGGGGAGGAUAUCGUCAUCGAGCGGGACCUGAUGGACCUGGGCCCGCUGCUCGGCGUCACCAUCAAGGAGGAGGUGCAGGACGAGCUGCCCGACCCGAGCUUGCCGCCGGCCACCGCACGCAAUGCUCGCAGCACGCCAGACGGCGGUGCGGAGGGCGGCGCGGUGGGCGCGGGGUCGCCGGGCGGCGCGGCCGACGCGGGCAAGGGCUCCAGCGCGGACUCGCUGGCGUCGCCCGGCGCGCGCCCCCCGCUGUCGGCCACGCGCUGCGUGCUCUGCAACACCGCGCUGGCGCUGGCUGAAGGCACUCCUAAGCUCAUGGAAUGCCUGCAUUCAGCGUGUGAGCCGUGCAUUAAAGCCAAGCUCGACGAGAAGCAAGCCAGCUCUCGAGACUUCCUAGGUGCAGAGCGCGUAACGGUAACAUGCCCCGCGUGUCGCCUGCAGUGCCAGGUGGCAAAUAUGAUUGACCAACGGUUUGUGAUAGAGAAGAUGGCUGUGGAGCAGGCUGGCAGCAAUGGCGGCGUCAUUGGCGAGCAGCAGUGCAAUAGUUGCGAGGACACGGAGCCCGCCACCAGUUACUGCGUGGACUGCGCCGAGUUCAUCUGCGACAACUGCGUGCACGCACAUCAAAGGUUGAAGAUCACGAAGGAGCACACCAUCAAAUCGAAGGAGGAGGCGGUAGCGGAACUGCAGGCGGCGCAGGGCGGCGCCACCAGCGCUCAUGACAUGUUCUGCGCAGAGCACACGCAGGAGCGGCUGACGCUGUUCUGCGAGACCUGCGACCGUCUGACGUGCCGCGACUGCCAGCUGCAGCACCACCGAGACCACAAGUACCAGUUCAGCACCGAGAUGGCCGCGCAGGCGCGCGCCAACAUAAGUUCGCUGCUAUCGGAGGUGAGCUACAAGCGCGUGCUGCUGGGAUCCGCCAUGAAAGUGAUUCGUGACCGCCAGCAGCUCAUCGCCGACAAGAAGAAAUCGCUCGUGCACGAGAUCACGCAGACUGUCGUUAAGUUGACGAACGCCAUCAACACGCGCGGCAAGCAGCUGGUGCUGCGGCUGAACGAGGUGUGCGACGCCAAGCAGCGCACGCUGACGGAGAAGAAGGAGGCGCUGGAGCAGCUGGCCGGCAUCACGGACCACUGCGUGGGCUUCGUGGGCGCGGCGCUGGAGGGCUCCGACACGGCCGUGCUGCACGCCAAGCGCGCCGUGUGCGCGCACCUGCAGCGCAUCAAGUCGCGCCGCGCCGACAUCCCCAACCCCGAGAUCCCCGUGCGCAUCGCGCUGGCGCUGGACAAGCUGCCCGAGCUGCUGCGCGUGCUGGCCGGCAUCGGCGCCAUCGUGGUGGACGGCAAGCUGGACGCCGGCGCCGCGCCCGCGCAGGGCCCCUACCACCCGCCCGCGCCCCCGCGCCCGAGCCCGCGCCCCCCGCGCCGCCGCCCUCCGCCAUGGUCGCGCUGCAGCACGUGGCCAUGCACCAGGUCUGUAUGCCUCGCCGCCGCCCCUCGCGGCCCCUCGCUCCCCACUAACCCUACUUGUGACUCAUGUGCGACAUUGUUCCAUGCAUCAGACGUUGGCUCGCUACCAGGUCAGUGUGGUCGCGGUGUCUUGUACAGAUUUGAUAAGAGUGGUGCGUUCCCCCAGCAGUCGUACGCGCAGGCGGGCGCGGGCGGCGGCUACCUGCCGCUGGCGGGGCUGCGCGCGCGCCCCACGCCGCUGCGCCAUGCCCACGUGACCUCCACCACGCACCCGCACCACCUGCACGGCAGCUGGCGCGCGCGCAGCCCGCCGCCCGCCGCGCCCCCCGCGCCCCCCGGCGUCAGCGAGAUGAACCUGCGCGGCCUGCUCAACGCGCAGUCGCAGCGCGCCGCGCCCCGCGCCCUGCCGCCCGCGCUGCCCGCGCACCCCGCGCAGCUCGCCAUGCAGCACGCCUACCACCAGAUGAUGGGCGCCUACUCGCCGGGCGGCUACGGCGGCUCCGCGGGCCCCACGGGGCGCCGCAGCGGCGGGCCCCGCACGCCGUCCCCCGCGCCGCCGCCCGCCUACCACCAGCACCAGCAGCUGCAGCACCCGCAGCCGCCGCAGCAGCACCAACCCGCCGCCAAGUGGCACAUCCCGCAGCAAGGACUAGCCAACGGGGGCUUCGAGGCGAGUGCGGCGUCGACCCUGAGCGGCGGGCAGGACUUCAAGAUUACGCUGGGCCGGAGCAACCGCGCGCCCGCCGCGCUGGCGUCCGUGACGUCCACCAACCCCAAGACGCCCAGCCCCAGCCUGGCGGGCGGCGUGCCCGGCGAGCUGGACAAGGUGUGUGCGGCCUCGGUGCAGGACCUCAUGGCCACCAUCGCCAAGCUGGACUCCAACGGCGUGCAGGUGGUGGCGGAGCCCGAGCCGGCGUCGCCCGCGCCGCCCGUGCACUCGUCCACGGACGCGGCGCCCGGCGACCCCAACGAGGACUGGUGCGCCGUCUGCAUGGACGGCGGCGAGCUCAUGUGCUGCGACCGCUGCCCCAAGGUGUUCCACCAGUACUGCCACAUCCCCACCAUCGACAAGCUGCCCGACGAGACCGAGACCUGGCAGUGUCUGCUGUGCGUGAACUUCGCGGAGCUGGCGCCCGAGCCCGAGGCGGCGGGCGGCCUGGGCCCGCGCGCGCGCCGCCUGGUGGAGCGGCUGACGCUGGAGCUGUACUGCCAGUACGAGGCCAGCCUGCCCUUCCGCGAGCCCGUGUCGCCCGACAACGCGCACUACCACGCCAAGAUCCCGCAGCCCAUGUGUCUGGACAUGAUCCGCAUGAAGCUGCAGCCGCGCAGCCCGCAGCGCUACACCCACGUGGCGCAGUUCGUGGCCGACGCGCGCCUGCUGUUCCGCAACGCCUACAGGUACAAUCCGGUGGACAGCAGUAUCUACAAGGAUGCCAAGCGGCUGGAAGAGUUCUUCGACGCGCAGCUGGCCAAGUUCCUUCCCGAGUACGUGUACUGGAGCGGCGAGGGCGAGCCGCCCGCCAAGCGCCCACGCGCGCACUAACCCUUCUCAAGUCCAUUUUGUAAAUAUUACCUUGAUAUUAAUACUUUUUGUCGUCUUAUAUCUUGAAAAGUUCCUUUAUAGCGGCGUAACCGUAGAACGUAGGACAAGGUCGAGGCGUCCGAGACCGCGCGACUUCCGACCGGACUGUUGUGACUGACGCCGUGUUGUUGUUAUGUGACGAGCGCGGUGUACUAGGUUGAUAUUACGGACUCCCGAUACAGUUUGGAUAUUCUGUUGCAAGUUACGUUUGGCUAGCUAAAUAUUAUAAAUAUGUUGAGACUUGUUUUAUGUGAGCACUGUUUCUGUGCGAGGCCACUGUUGUCGGCUAAGCAGAUAAUUUACUCUUAUUGUAUAUCUUGCUGGUCUCGCUCCAGUCCUGUACAUACAUAAUAUAGAUAAGGUACCAUUACAUAGAAUAUCACACUCGUUAUAAUUAAUUAAAUAAGUAUUUUUAUAAUUAAAAUAAUAUUAUACGGUUUUAUCACACUUGUUAUACGCUAAGUAUUAAACAAGGAAAAGUUGCCAAUUUAAACAGAAGUUAAAUUAUGAGCCAUCAAUAUUACACAAGUAAUGUUAUGUUUUAAAUUUGAGAACUAUUUGUCGACUUUGAAUUAUAUUAGCGGUAGAACAUUGAUAUGUAACACAAUUCGCUCUCUGAAUGUGAUUUUAAAUUAAGCCACCUUGUGAUUUACAUUUUUAAAUCGUUUUAUUUUUCUCCUAAGAGUAAAGAUUGUGAAACUAAGUGAAGUACUUUGUUAUUAAAAGACAAUUGUAAAAGUAGUCGUCACGAGAGGCAGGCGGGCAGCAGGCGGGCGGCGGGCCCUGGCGCCGCUCGGUUCCGUUUUAUUGUUGUUAAAGUUGUAUAACUUAGUGGUAACGGGGCGACUUGCAUACCCAACUAUUAUGAUAAUCUCCAUAUAAGUAUUAUUCUAUUAGAAAUAAACCACAUUUAUUGGAA